UCUCCAAAUUUUCGUUUUUUGCGAUGUUUUCACAACUUUUUACUUCGUUUUCUUUUUGUUUGCAGUUUAAAGGGGUCUUUUAAGUACGUUAUUUUCGGUAUUCACUAACAGCGUUAGAAUAAGUAGUUGGAAUCUACAGUGAUUUUUAAUCCCAUCCGGACAAAAGCUGCUAGACGACGAUCAACAUGAAACGACAGCGAAUUGGAAUUUCGGCGAUACCAGUUGUUGCUAGAGCGAGACCCGUUCUCCGCUCCUCUACGAAACUGAAUCGGAUGCAGGUUACUGCUUCGGAGUGCAUGUCGUACAAGGAGUUAGUGAAAGUGGUUGGCGUGGAUUGCGAGGCGAGCCCCUCGUCGUGGCGGAAAGCGAUCGAUCACUCGGCGGAGACCGUUGUCUUCUUCCAAGUGGAUCUGCGCGGCGUGCUGCCGCGCAUGUGCAAGAGCGUCCGCAUCUGUCAGGAAGAGGAGAAGCUGGUGCCGUCGGUGUACAUCGGGGAGAGCCUGCUAAGCGCCACUUACGUCAAAACCAUCAUCGGAAAGCGCUUCUUGACGGACGAGGACGAUCUCAUGAAACUGCUCGAACACGCGGGCAUUCUGCACGAGGACGGGGAAUUCUUCGAGGAAAACGCCGAAGAUGGGGACGGCGGCCAUGGCGCAGAAGAAGGAGGCGAAAAUGAUCCAUUUGAGCCUGAACCGAAAAGAGCGCGCGUGGCGGAAAAAGAACAGGUUGUUGUGGAAUCUGCGCUGUCUUCAGGACGAAGAAUAACCAGAUCUUCAGCCACAGCGCUGAUUUCCCAAAUAACAGCCGAACCUUCAUUGUCAGCCAGUGGUGGGCGCCAGCCUGUUGAUCUCUCCCCUCUUCUCCUGCUGGACAAACCAAACAGCAUGUUGCCCUCCAGCAGUCGAGUUCGGCAAGUGUCGCUUCCGGUAGAUGACUCUCUCAUGGCUGCCGACUUCGAUGAUGAGGAUUUGCCUGCGGCCGAUGAUGUUGACAAUUUUCCGUUGGUAUGCGGCAUGCAGGGCUCAUCCAAAAUGGAGGAAUCCGGCGAAGAAAUGACUGACGUGCUUCCUGACGCUGGGUCGAACCGAGGCGGAGCGGAAAUGGAGGAGACUUCCGGGCUUGAUCCAGUAUUGACUGCAGUUCACGUCCAGAAUGCCGAUACUGCCGAUGUGGAUAACAUUAGGAAGGCUCUUGGAAAUGCAUCGUUAAUGGAGCUUUAUGGAACUAAGUACGCGUAUCUUUUCCGCAUCACCGUGGCAAAGAAAAAGGACGUAUUAAAGAAGACCCCCUCUUUCGUUCCUCUGAACUGCGUGGCUCUGUUCGAUCGCACCGCACCAUGGUACUUCCAAAUUCCCGACCCGAGUACAAAGCGCCGACUGCAUGACGACUAUGCGGUGUAUGUUGACCUGGACCAUAAACGUUUGCUGGAUAAUUAUUUAUACGCGGACCUGACUUUGACUAAAUACAUCUGGUACUUGAUGCUGCGGAUGAUCGGUGGGGAAGCCGGCUUACGGCGGCUGGCGUCCCUCUUCGAACUGCAGAGAGAAGCGACAAAGAUUGCGAAAAACAAGCAAUGCUACGGCGGACAGGAAAAGAUACUGGGAACUGAAUUUUUCAAGGCGAUACAAAGUCAUCUUGCAGUCAUUAUGCGUCAUCCCGCCCGGACUGGAGUCCACAAAAUGCCGGCCAGCCUCCCCACUUCUCUCACUGAAAAAAUGAACUUGUGGGUUAAAAAGUUGAAGCAGGACGGCAAGGAAAUCGACGAAGAAGAUCAAAUUUAGUUUUUAAUUUUAUUGGUUUGGAAGCCAUAAACGGCACUGAUGUUAAUGAUUAAUAUUACGUAUAUUCGUUGUUCCUGUAUUGUUCCCUGUUGUUUUAAACAGUUUACGAAGAGAUCAGCGUAUCCGUGGUAUUCUUGUGUUUAGUUUGGUUACUGUUCUAAUUUUUUUACG